UGUGUGGGAAAGGGUGUGAUGUCAUUUUGUCUCCACCCCCUGUGAGUAAGCCCACAGCACAGCUAAGUGCAGCCGCCCGCCUCUGUCACUGGGAGACCGUCCACUUAAAUGCAGCUCCAGGGUUGCAGGACACCCACCAGCAUCACUCCCCGUGUGAGGUGGCAAAUGCAACAUGCUGUCCAGCCUGGGGUGUCUACUCCUCUGUGGAAGUAUUGCACUAGCCCUGGGAAAUGCACAGAAAUUGCCAAAAGGUAAAAAGCCAAACCUGAAAGUCCACAUCAACACCACAAGUGACUCCAUCUUCUUGAAGUUCCUGCGUCCAAGUCCUAAUGUAAAACUGGAAGGUUUUCUCCUGGGAUAUGGCAGCAAUUUAUCACCAAACCAGUACUUCCCUCUUCCUGCAGAAGGGAAAUACACCGAGGCCGUAGUCGAUGCGGAGCCGAAAUAUCUGAUUGUCGUGCGACCUGCUCCUCCCCCCAGUCAAAAGAAGUCAUGCUCAGGGAAAGCACGGUCUCGCAAGCCUCUCCAGCUGGUGGUUGGCACCCUGACACCGAGCUCAGUCUUCCUGUCCUGGGGCUUCCUCAUCAACCCUAACCACGACUGGACGUUGCCAAGUCAAUGUCCCAAUGACAGAUUUUAUACAAUCCGCUAUAGAGAAAAGGAUAAGGAAAAGAAAUGGAUUUUUCAACUCUGUCCAGCCACUGAAACAAUCGUGGAAAAUCUAAAGCCUGACACGGUUUAUGAAUUUGGAGUGAAAGACAAUGUAGAAGGUGGAAUUUGGAGUAAGAUUUUUAAUCACAAGACUAUUGUUGGAAGUAAAAGCAAAGUAAAUGGGAAAAUCCAGAGCACCUACGACCAGGUCCACACGGUGCCAUCGUACGUCCCAAGGAAACUAAUCCCAGUAACAAUCAUCAAGCAAGUGAUUCAGAAUGUCACUCACAAGGCCUCAACUAAAUCCCCAGAUAAGACUCCCUUCGGAGGAACAAUACUGGUCCACCUUGUUAUUCCAGGUCUCAAUGAAACCGUUGUAAAACUUCCUACCUCCAUAAUGUUCGAAAUUUCAGAUGCAGUCAAGACACAAUUAGCUAAGAAUGAAACCUUGGCAUUGCCUGCUGAAUCUAAAACGCCAGAGGUAGAAAAAAUCCCAGCACGGCCCAUAACAGUGACUCCUGAAUCAGUUCCAAGAACCACUAAACCCACUGUGUCUAGUGCAUUAGACAUUUCAGAAACAACACUGGCUCUCAGGGAAAGGACCCCCGAAACAUCGCAGACUAUUUUAAUACCUAGGUUUGAAUUCCCACUGAGCACUCUAGCUCCAAAAAGGCUUCCAGAAUUUCCUCAGGCAAAAACACCUUUCCCUUUUGAGAAACCUGGGGGAACCUUGGCUUCAAGUGAAAAACCGUGGAUUGUGCCUACAAGUAAAACAUCUGAAGAUUCCAAAAUCCUACCGCCUCAAACUGCAGCUUAUGAUGUUUUCUCAAGCUCUACAACAUCAGAUGAGCCUGAAAUAUCAGAGCCCUACACAGCAACAAGCGAUCUGUUUCUGGAUUCUGUCCCACCUAAAACUUCUAGAACUCUUGAACAGCCAAGGGCAACACUGGCUCCAAGGGAAACACCGUUUGUUCCUCAAAAACCGGAAAUCUUUACCAGUCCUGAAAUGCAACCUACAACACCUGCUCCCCUGCAAACUACAUCUGUCCCUUCUACUCCUAAACGACGCCCCCGGCCCAAAACACCAAGAACUAAACCUGAAAGAACCACAAGUCCUGGAACAAUUACAUCUAAAAUUUCUAAAAGCCCUGAACCUACACGGACGACACUGGCUCCCAGUAAAACACAAUUUAUUUCUUUGAAACCUAAAAUUCCUCUCAGUCCAGAAGUGAAACACACCAGACCUGCACUGGAACCUGAGACUCCACCACCACCACAGUCACCAAUAGUCUUAGAACCUGAAACACUGGGAACUAAACCUUCAACAACAACAUUAGCUCCACCAAAGACCAAACGACCAGGUCGUCGCCCUCGCCCUCGCCCUCGCCCUAAAACCACACCUAGUCCAGAUGUGCCCAAGUCCAAACCUGCUCUGGAACCUGCUACGGUACAACAGGAGCUCUUGGUGCCCACGAUCGAUUCAAAACCACCAGAGCAAUUACCUCCUAUACCCCAAACCACAGCAAAACCAGAUAUACCACCAUCUAAAUCCGUCUUUGAGGAUAUUACCUUUGAGACGGAAGCUCCCUCCACAACCAUAGUUCCUGCCACAGACAUUGAACCUGUAACUCUGAGAACCGAAGCUCCUCAGACAACAUUAGCUCCAAAAACAUCACAAAGAACAAGACCCCAUCGUCCAGGACGUCCACGUCCUAAAUAUAAAACCACACCGAGUCCAGAGACACCUCAGACCAAACUAGCGCCAACAACAACAACAACAACAAAGAGACCCCGUCGUCCACGUCCCAAAGCUAAAACCACACCCCGUCCAGAAGCAGCUCAGACCAAACUGGUUCCUGCCACAAUCCGUGAACCAGGUAUUCUUAGGACCGAGGCUCCUGGGACGACAGUAGCUCCCAAAGUGCCUCGUCAACCUCUUCAUCCACGUCCCAAAUCUAAACCCACACUGAGUCCUAAAGCACCUCAGGCAGAACUGGUUCUAGCUACAGUCUUUGAACCAGUUACUCCUAUAAAAGAGGCCCCAGCGACAGCAUUUGUUCCUGCCACAGUCCCUGAACCAAGUAUUCUUAGGACCGAGGCUCCUGGGACGACAGUAGCGCCAACAACAACAACAACAAAGAGACCCCGUCGUCCACGUCCCAAAGCUAAAACCACACCCCGUCCAGAAGUACCUCACACCAAACUGGUUCCUGCCACAAUCCCUGAACCAGGUAUUCUUAGGACCGAGGCUCCUGGGACGACAGUAGUUCCAGCUACAGUCUUUGAACCAGUUACUCCUAUAAAAGAGGCCCCAGCGACAGCAUUUGCGCCAACAACAACAACAACAAAGAGACCCCGUCGUCCACGUCCCAAAACUAAAACCACACCCCAUCCAGAAGUACCUCAGACCAAACUGGUUCCUGCCACAAUCCCUGAACCAGGUAUUCUUAGGACCGAGGCUCCUGGGACGACAGUAGUUCCGGCUACAGUCUUUGAACCAGUUACCCCUAUAAAAGAGGCUCCAGCGACAGCAUUUGACCUUGAACCUGUUACUUUUACAACGGAGACCUCUGGGACAGCACUAGUUCCCACAGACCUUGAACCUGUCACUCUUAGACCAGAGGCCCCAGGAACAGCAUUAGUUCCCACUGCAGACUUCGAACCUGUUACGUUCAGAACUGAGGCUUGGGUGACAACAAAAGCUUCUAAAACAUCAAAACGGACCCGUCGUCCACGUCCUAAACCUAAAACCACACCAACUCCUGAGGCACCUCAAGCCAAGCUGGGUAAAUUUUUCUCUACAGUCCUUGAACCUGUCACUCUUAGAACCAAGGCUCCAGAAACAACAUUAGCUUCUAAAACAUCACGAGUUCGCCGUCCACGUCCCAGACCUAAAACCACACCAAGCCCUGAAGCACCUCAGACCAAACUGGUUCCUGCUACAAGCUUUGAACCUGUUGUUCAUAGUUCUGAAGCUCCAGAAACAACAUUAGCUCCCACUGAACUGCAAACUCUUAUCUUGAAACCAGUGACAUCACCAAGCCUAGAAAUUACACAAAGUCAACCCGUUUCUGAAGUCCUGGGAUCGGUUACAUUUAGCACUGAGUCAUCAAGGGAAGCGAUAGCACUGACUGGAACAGAUUAUGUAUAUCCUGCUGCCAAAGCACCACUCAGGCCAGAGGAGACAAAGACUGAAGCUGUGGAAUCUAUUACAUAUGUGUCUGAACCGCCCGAGACCAUGCUAGUUACCAUAGAAACGUCACCUCUGCCUUCCCAAACUGUAAUCCUACCCAGCCCAGAUGAGCCUCAGACCGACGCGGCUCUCAAGGAGAUACCGCGAGCUCCUCCUAAACCAAAAACAUCUCCACACCCACGAAUCCCACAAACACAGCCAGCUCCUCAGGUGUUGCAGCGUGUUACUCUGAAGCCAAGGACAUCACCAAGUCCAGAAGUGUCCUAUACUUCACCUGUUCCAAGAGAUGUGCUCCUUCCCCAUAAACCAGACACUGAAGUCUCUCAGAGAGAAACUGUUCUGCAACCUGUUACCUUUGAAACUGACCUCCCAGAGCCAACGAUAGCUCCUUUAGAGACACGAGGCAGCCCUUUCAUUCCUAUGAUUUCACCGAGUUCUAGUCAAGAGGAGCUGCAAACCACUCUGGCAGAAACAGACCAGUUCACCCAAGAACUCUUCACAACUAAGAUUCCACGAACAACUGAAGUGGUGAAGACAACUCCAGCACCACACAGAUUGUACACUACGCCUGUGAGGCCCAGAACACCCGACAAACCACACUUCAGACCUGUUUUGAAUAAGACGACUACGAGACCUAGUAGACCCAAACCCAGUGGGAUGCCCAAAUGGGAUGGAAUGGGAACAGGGGUCAAGCAGACGCCACUGCCAUCCGGUGCUGGUAGAAAUGUGUCAGUGGACUCUACUUACUCCACAAAAAAAACAGCCCCAAUCCCAGGCACUCGCCGCCCACUCUUGCCACCUAGACCCAUGCCCCCACGAAGAAAGCCUUUACCGCCAAAUAAUGUCACCGGGAAGCCAGGAAGUACAGGAAUCAUUUCAUCAGGCCGAGUAACUUCCCCACCCUUGAGGGCAACAUUCAGACCUACUGAAGCUCCCUUGGAGAGAACAGAGAUGGAUGGAAAGCUACCAACAGCUCCUGCCUCAGGAGAAGAUCUUGGUAAUAUGACUGACUUUAGCUCAAGUCCAACAAGAGAAACUGAUCCUCUUGGGAAGCCCAGAUUCAAAGGUCCUCACGUGCGGUAUAUCCAAAAGCCUGACAACAGGCCCUGCUCCAUCACUGACUCCAUCAAACGAUUCCCCAAAGAAGAGGCCACCGAGGGGAAUGCCACCAGCCCCCCGCAGAACCCACCUACCAACCUCACUGUGGUCACUGUGGAAGGGUGUCCUUCAUUUGUCAUCUUGGACUGGGAUAAGCCAUUAAAUGACACUGUCACUGAAUAUGAAGUUAUAUCCAGAGAAAAUGGGUCAUUCAGUGGAAAGAACAAGUCCAUUCAAACUACAAAUCAAACCUUCUCCACAGUAGAAAAUCUAAAGCCAGACACAAGCUACGAAUUCCAGGUGAAACCCAAAAACCCACUUGGUGAAGGCCCCGCCAGCAACACAGUGUCAUUCAGUACCGAAUCAGCCGACCCAAGAGUGAGCGAGCCAGUUUCUGCAGGAAGAGAUGCCAUCUGGACCGAAAGACCCUUUAAUUCAGACUCUUACUCAGAAUGUAAGGGCAAACAGUAUGUCAAAAGGACAUGGUAUAAAAAGUUUGUGGGGGUGCAGCUGUGCAACUCCCUUAGAUACAAGAUUUACCUGAGCGACUCCCUCACAGGAAAGUUCUAUAACAUAGGCGAUCAGAGGGGCCAUGGAGAAGAUCACUGCCAGUUUGUGGACUCGUUUUUAGAUGGACGCACAGGACAGCAACUCUCUUCUGACCAGUUACCCACCAAGGAAGGCUAUUUCAGAGCAGUUCGCCAGGAACCUGUCCAAUUUGGAGAAAUUGGUGGUCACACUCAAAUCAAUUAUGUCCAGUGGUAUGAAUGUGGGACCACAAUUCCUGGAAAAUGGUAGAUGCUGCAGUGAUGUUCUGUCUCACCAUGGCCAAAAAUAAUUGGAAACAGUAUGGUAUGUGGUAUGUGUCACAUGCAUUUAAAGCUCUUAUGUUUACUAUGUAUAAAAGUUUAAAAUCUAAUUAAUAGCAAUAUUAGAUGUUUAUUAGAAAGACUGCUAAGAAUAUUUAUCAGGUUUUACAAAGUCAUUUUAAGAAAGCAAGAUAUUAACAGAAUAACAUUUUGGGGAAGCUGGCUCCCUGUUCAUGGUAUUUUAAGAGAUCAUUUGUUUAUUAUUUAUCACACUGUUGUAAUGAUGUUUUAAGAUACUUUUAUAACAAAAUUAACAUCAAAAAACUAAUAUACUUUUAAAAAAAUUUACUUUUAUUGUGUAUUCUUCCCACUGGUGAGUUAACUCCAUAAAUCUCUACUUGGUUUAACUUAUUAGAGCAAAUUAUCUUCAUCAUAUAUAUCUGUGGGGUGGGGAAAGUCUUAAUAUUCACGUUUAUUUAAACUUCAACUCUUUAGCAACAGCUGAACAGCUUUUCUGAAGCAUUUAAAUAGUUACCUAUUCAUGCUAAUAUACACUUCCUUAAAUAUUUGCAAAUUACUGAAAAGACUGAAUCAGUAAAUUUUAUUUCAGCUGAAAAUGGAUUGAGAAUCCGAUAUAUCAUUUCAAGAUACAUAUUUUGUUCUUUCUCUGCCCUUAAAUGUUACAGUGUCUAAAUGUUCUUUGUCAAACUGUCCGUUUAAGCAGUUGCACUCAUACUGUUUUUAACAUCAUUCUAAUCAAGCUGUAUACGGAAGCUGGCUAUAAAGUCUAAGCACGCAAGGAUAAGAUGUGAUGAGAUCCCUGCCAUUUUACAGGCCAUUUUUUACACAGAUCUUUUAGCAAUGAAUGUAUCAAAGGUUGUUUUCAUAAUGCUAACUCAAUCUGUAUGAAAAUCUCAUUUUUAUUUAAAGUACUGUUUUCCUUCAUUUGGAGAGAGGCAGGGAAGCUGCAUUGUUGCCCUCAUUCUUUUAAGGACCUUUCAGUGCUUACCUUUCCACGUGUUUCAAUUUUAUCAAUGCUACAUUUUAUAUUUUUCAAACAAGUAAAACCUCUGCAAUAAAGAGAUGUACUUUUUAUUUUUAA